GCUGCUGCUGUUUGCUGUGUUCAGGAGUUAAAGCUGGAGUCCUGCUUGCUUGGACGAGCAGAAUGACUGUCUUGCAGCUCUGUUCUGAGAAGGCAUAGGAGGUCUGCCACUGCACCUUCCCUCAGGUGUGUAGUAAAAAUGGUGCAGAAAUACCAGUCCCCAGUUCGAGUCUACAAAUAUCCUUUUGAGCUCGUCAUGGCAGCCUAUGAAAAGCGCUUUCCUACGUGUCCAGAGAUCCCAGUCUUCCUGGGGAGUGAAAUCCUGCACGAAUCCAGGAGUGACGACGGAGCCAUACAUAUCAUAGAGCGGAGCUGCAAGCUGAACGUGGAUGCUCCUCGGCUGCUGAAGAAGAUUGCAGGGGUAGAGUAUGUUUUCUUCAUCCAGAAAAACACAGUGAACUGGAAAGAGCGAACUCUACGUAUUGAAGCCCACAACGAGACUUUUGCCAACCGCGUUGUCGUCCUCGAGACGUGCAGCUACUCAGUUCACCCUGAGAACGAAGAGUGGACUUGCUUUGAACAGUCUGCAUCUCUCGACAUCAAGUCAUUUUUUGGCUUUGAAAGCACGGUGGAAAAAAUUGCCAUGAAGCAGUACACCUCCAACAUCAAGCGGGGCAAGGAAGUGAUUGAACACUAUCUGAAGGAACUGAUCUCCCAAGGGAUCACUUUCAUCCCCCGCUGGACGCCUCCCCCAGUGUGUGGGCAGAAGGAGGAGAGACCCCCAGCUGUUGGACACGAUGCUGAGGAGGAACCACCAGAGUCUGGGGAUCGUGGAAGUACCAAAGAGCAAAGUGGCAGCUCAUGCCCCACAGCAGAGGCUAUCAUUCCUGAUGCUGACAAAUUGGACGCUGACUACAUUGAGCGGUACCUGGGCCAGCUGACCCCCAUGCAAGAGAGUUGCUUGAUCCGCCUUCGCCAGUGGCUUCAAGAAACGCACAAAGGCAAGAUCCCCAAAGAUGAACAUAUCCUGCGGUUCCUGCGCGCUCGUGACUUCAACAUCGACAAAGCCCGGGAAAUGCUGUGCCAGUCGCUGUCGUGGCGGAAGCAGUACCAGGUGGAUUACAUCCUGCAGUCCUGGAGGCCCCCGGCCCUCCUGGAUGAAUACUACACUGGAGGGUGGCAUUACCAAGACAAAGAUGGGCGACCGCUCUACAUCCUUCGUCUUGGCCAGAUGGACACGAAGGGUUUGGUGAAAGCUCUGGGAGAGGAGUCACUGCUGCGACACGUCCUGUCAAUUAAUGAGGAAGGACAAAAGAGAUGUGAGGAAAACACCAACGUCUUUGGCCGCCCUAUCACGUCCUGGACGUGUCUGGUGGACUUAGAAGGGCUAAAUAUGCGGCAUCUCUGGCGGCCUGGAGUAAAGGCCCUGCUUCGGAUAAUUGAGGUCGUGGAGGACAACUACCCUGAGACUCUGGGGAGACUAUUGAUAGUGAGAGCACCCAGGGUCUUUCCUGUCCUUUGGACUCUGGUCAGUCCCUUUAUCAACGAGAACACGAGGCAGAAGUUCCUCAUUUACAGUGGGAAUAACUACCAGGGCCCGGGGGGGCUGAUAGACUACGUGGACAAGGAUGUGAUCCCAGACUUCCUGGGAGGAGACUGCAUGUGCACUGUCCCGGAAGGUGGGCUUGUUCCCAAGGCCCUUUAUCAAACAGAAGAAGAGUCGGAGAACUCGGAUCACAUCCGGUUGUGGACAGAAACCAUCUAUCAUUCUGCCAGUGUCCUCAGAGGAGCUCCACACGAGAUAGUUGUGGAGAUUUUGGAAGGGGAAUCCGUCAUCACCUGGGACUUCGACAUCCUGAAGGGAGAUGUGGUUUUCAGCCUCUUCCACUCCAAACGAGCCCCUGAAACAAGUCAUAAAGAAGCCACAUUACCGAGUACCUCUGCUGCUGGGGACAACGUGCAGCUGAUUGACAAGACGUGGGUCCUGGGGGUGGAUUACAGCAGGGUGGAGUCUCCCCUGGUCUGCCGGGAAGGAGAGAGCAUCCAGGGCUCCCAUGUGACUCGCUGGCCUGGCUUUUACAUACUGCAGUGGAAGAUGCACGGCCCCCUGCCCUGCUCCGGUACCAGCCUCCCCAGGGUGGAUGAUGUUCUCGCCUCUCUGCAAGUCUCCAGUCACAAGUGCAAGCUUAUCUACUACUACGAGGUGCUGGCCUCCAAGGACUUCAGGGGAUCCAUGUCGAGCCUGGAAUCUUGCAACAGCGGCUUUUCCCAGCUGAGUGGAGCCACCACGUCUUCCAGCCAGUCCCAGAGCAGCUCCCACCUUUCCAGAUAGCGGGGCCGGGGCGCUGCUGGCGAGGAAAAACGGCCUGGGGCCUCCUGGCCACCCCGGAGCUGCUCUGGGCCCCAAACCAAAGAGCCCACAGGGGCUGAGACCGGAGGCAACUCGUUCCUGUGGCCACAGGGAGCAGCCGUUUGAACACGGAGAGGCUUCUGGGAGCUAUUUUAAACAAAAAAAACCACCUUAGAAUUCGAAUGGCAGAUUUAGAUAUUUUCUAUGAGACGCCUACUUCUCAGUAGCUUUUUUCAUGGAUUGUGGAUUUUGGAUGAAUGUGGGUUUGCAUGACUCUGUGUAUCACUCAACUCAAAGGGCUCUUUCCGAUCAGUCCUUUUUCCCCGGGGGCUGAUGUUGCCUUAUCUGUUUGAUCUCUAGGACUAGAUUAUUCCCGUGUAGCAAAACUCAUCUGGUUUGGGGAAUUCCCAGGGAAAAAGCAGGCAUUUCAGGCACAGGAACUUGAAGCAAACUGUAAAUACCUUAACAUAGAUCCGGUGUUUCAGAAACCAGUUCCGGGUCAAACCUAAAACCUCUUCCCAUGGGACAGGAUGCUGUUAGGAAAUGUGUUGGAUUAUUAUUAUUUUUUUUAAACCCAAAAUGUUUUUCUAGAAGGCAUGGGCAGAGGGAACCUGCCUCCUGGGAGCAGCAUCUUCCUUGAGGAUAGACUAUUUCUCCUUUUUCCUCAGGUUUACAAGCAAUAACGAGUAGAUCCCACCCAUCUCAUCACAGUGGGUGGGAACUGAAUCAAAUUCUAAAGGGCUAAGAAAAGCAAUAUUUUAUUUCCUGAAGGCACAACGUUUUCUGGCAGUAUUAUAGAACUGGCUUCUUUAAAAUGUGAGCUAACUUGAAGAGAAAACUUUAAAAAAAAAAAAAAAGCAUGUAUGUAUUUAAGUACUUACUGAGAUGUAUUUAUUCAAAUACUAGCUUAUUUUAAUUUUUAACUUAUUUAUCAUUUCAAAAAUGCCUAUUUAUUAAAUCCUGUCACCUUUUUUAAUGGGA